AUGACUGAGCAAAUGACCUUCAAGGGUUCCCUCAAGGGCCACAACGGCUGGGUUACCCAGAUCGCCACCACCCCCAUCUUCCCGGACAUGCUCCUCUCUUCUUCCCGAGACAAGACCAUCAUCAUGUGGCACUUGACCCGAGAGGAGGGCUCCUACGGAACUCCCAAGCGACGAAUGCAGGGUCACUCCCACUUCGUCUCUGACGUCGAGGUUAGCUCCGACGGCCAGUACGCCCUCUCCGGCUCCUGGGACGCCACCCUCCGACUUUGGGACCUCGCCAGCGGCAACACCGUUCGACGAUUCGUCGGCCACACCAAGGACGUCCUCUCCGUCUCCUUCUCACCAGACAACCGACAGAUCCUCUCUGCCGCCCGAGACCGAACCAUCAAGCUCUGGAACACCGUCGGUGUCUGCAAGUUCACCAUCCAGGAGAACUGCCACACCGAGUGGGUUUCCUGCGUCCGAUUCUCGCCCCUUCCCCAGACUCCCGUCAUCGUCUCCGCUGGCUGGGACAAGCUUGUCAAGGUCUGGAACCUUACCAACUGCAAGCUGAAGCGAGAUUACCGAGGCCACACCGGCUACCUCAACACCGUCAACGUCUCCCCCGACGGUUCCCUCUGUGCCUCCGGUGGCCGAGACGGCCAGGCCAAGCUCUGGGACAUCGGAAGCGAGGAAGCCAAGCCCCUCCACACCCUCGAGGCCGGCGACGAGAUCUACGCUCUAUGCUUCUCUCCUAACCGAUACUGGCUCUGCGCUGCUGCUGGCGGCAUCAUCAAGAUCUGGGAUCUCGAGCAGAAGAACCUCGUUGAUGAGCUCAAACCCGAGGUCGUUGCCGACGGUGGCCGAGCCGAAUGCAUCUCCCUCUGCUGGUCCAGCGAUGGUCAGACCCUCUUCUCUGGCUACAACGACGGCCAGAUCCGAGUCUGGUCCAUGUCCAUCCGCUCUGUCAUGUAA